AUGACCAGUACGUUACUGUGGAUGCUGGAUGCGUUUUCAGAUUCGACUGACGAUGAACAUUUCAGGCGUUGGUUCGAGCACUUGGUCAAGUACUUAGACUCGAAGUUGGACUCGAAUAUUCCGCUCACAUUUAUGCUGGGAUUUUUCGUCUCGUUCGUCGUCGGACGGUGGGGUUCAAUUCUGAAUGGCAUCGGCUGGAUCGAUGAGUACAUGGUUCUUUGUCAAGCACUGGUGCUUCGCGACAUUUCCAUGCAAGUACGCAAGCGAUUUCCAACAAUGGACACACUUGCCGCAUCCGGUCUGCCCUAUAUGUUUCGUUACUGA